AAGUAGCAUCCGCUCUUCGAGGACAAUUGGCUGACUCUGCCAGUGGACGAGCAAAAAAGACAAGAACGGAUGAAACAGAAGCAUGAAAAACAAGCCAACUUAACUGCGCGAGAUGCGGCGGCAUGGAGGAGGCGGAGCAAAGCGUCUACGUGGCCCAGCUGAAGGCGGAGUUCGACAGCUGCGACACGGCGUCCUCGGGCUUCCUGGGGCCGCAAGAAGUGACGGCGCUGUGCAGGAAGUUGCAUCUGGACGCUCACCUGCCGCUCAUGCUGGACUCGCUGCUGGGAGGAGGAGGAGGAGGCGGGGCCUACGCCAGGGUGGACUUUGAAGCGUUCAAAGACAACUUUGUGGAGGUUUUGUCUCGCUCGCUGGACUUGACGUCCGAUGACGACAGCAGUUACCUGCAGCCAGUUGUCGUCGACGAAGUGAAGCCAAAGUUCACGAAGGGCCAAAAACGUUAUGGCCGCCGCUCGCGUCCCGACGUGACGCCGUCGCAACCGUCGGCCGGCUCGCCGGCACCCGGCGGCAACGCCGCCCGGACGUCGCCGACGGGGCUCCGCGGGUCCAAAGUCCGCCGAGCUGCCUCUCUGGACAGUGUGGAGAGCUUGAAGUCGGAUGAGGAGGCGGCAAGUCCCAAGCACGGCACCUCGGCAGACUUUCAGCCAAAAGCUUCCAAGGAAGAAGGGGAGGAGUCAGGGUGUGAUCACCUGAUUGGUCGAGAGCCGGGCACUCAGGUGCACGACAACUCGGAGCAGGUUACACUUGCGCACUUCCAGAACCUUCUGUGUGGCUCCUCCCCCAUUUGCUGCUCGACACCGCACAGGACGCUGGCGGCGCCGGAGGACGGGUCGCGACCGGAGGAUCACUUGGCCCACCGCACCUCGCCGUCGCUGUUGACGGCCACGCCAGAUCCCAAAGUCCUCAGCCGGCUGGAUGACGGCUCGGGUUGCACCAGUCCCGAGAGAUUGGUCGCUCUUUGGACGGACGAGGGCGUCCGCAACGCUCGUGACAUCCUGCAGACGCUGGACUUCCCUGCGGAGGAGCGCGUGAGUUUGUGUGAGCUGACGCUGGCCCUCGACAACGAACUCCUGGGCAGCGGCAAUGGAAUCCACCACGUGGCACUCAUCAGCUACAAGAAUGAAAUCCAGCACCUACGGGAGUGUUCGGAGCAGGCCCGCGGCGAGCGCGACAAGGCCAAAGCCGACCUGGACCGGGCCGAACGCAGGAACCUGCAGUUGCUGCGCGAGGCGGACGAGCGUCUCGCAGGCACGGAGGCACUCAGCCGGACCAGGAUCAGAGAGCUGGAGCAGGACUUUCGGGAGCGUCUGACGGCACAGCGCGGCCAAGCGGAGCAGGAGAGCGAUGCUGCUGCGCAACAGCUGGAACAGGAACGCCGAGAACUGGGACGGCAACUGAGCGUGCUCGAGGUGCGGGAGGCGGAGCUACGAGAGGAGCUUGCUGCUGCCGCGCAGGAGAAGGCUCAUCUGGAGGAGGAGCUUGGGGACCUCAAGCACAGGCUGAGUGAGGCAGAAAAUGGCUCCCAACGUCUGCGAGCCGACUUGAAGCAGCUGCUGCACCACAAGUUUGGCGGCUUGGACGACGUCGGCGCGGCACUCAACCCCGAAGACCAAUUCGCGCGACUCCUGCAAGACUCCGAGCGCCAGUGCAGAGAGCUGCGGGACAAAAACGACGAGCUGUGCGUUGAGUUGGAGUUGCUAAGGAGUCACAAGAAAAGCCACAGGAAGUCAGUCGAGCGCGUCGUCGCGCUAAGCCGGUCUGAACCGCCAUCUUCCAGCGAGUCCGAAUCUGAUGAUCGUGACAUGAAGCGCCGCUCGUCUUCUCCUCGUCGCGCCGCAGUCACUCCGGAUGACGCAAUGGCGGCCGUCAGCAUCGAAACGGAAUUUGCGGUGGAGAAGCUGAAGGCCAAACACAAGCAGGAGAUCCAGCAACUCAACGUCCAGAUGGAGACGCAGGUCAACUACUACGAGCGCAGUCUGGACAGGAUGAGGCAGAGCAUGGAAGUGGAGCGCAAAGACAUCGCUCAGGCCUUCAAGCUGGAGAUCAGCGAGCUGGAGGAUCAGAAGGCCGAAGCGGAGCGUCAGGCCAAGAUUCUGAAGGAGGCGCUGGACAAACUUCACAAUCGGCUCCAACACGGCAGCUGGUCUUCGGAGAUGGAGCGCAGGAUGCAACGGGAGCGAGCCGACUCUGAGCAGAACUUCGCCCGAGAGAUCGGAAACCUGGUCCAGAGGCUGAGCACUGAGAAGGACCAGCUGGAGGCGGAGCUUAAACUCAAGAUGGACCAGGAAGUCAUGAAUGUCAGGGAGGAGGCGGCGCUGGAGCUCUCGCAGAUGAAGCUGCAUCACGCCGAAGGUCAGCGCCGCCUGCUGCACCAGGUGCACCUGCAGCGGCAGAGACAGCAGCAGUGGGACAAGAGGAGGCAGCAACAGCUCCGGCAACAAAAGACCUGCCUGGAGCGGGAGAAGAAGAAGAUGGAGGAGAGAAGGCUGCAAGAGGAGGAACUUAUCCAGCAGGAAAAGAGAAUGCUGGAGGAGGAGAAGAGCAAGAUGGAGGAGGAAGAGAAGAAGGGGAUGGAAGAGAAGGAACAUCUCCGGCAGGAAAUGAUACGGAUGGAGGACCAAAUGAAGAAAAUGGAGGAGAGGACCCUGGAGGAGCAGAAACAUCUCCGGGAAGAAAAGAGGAAGCUGGAGGAAGAGCUGCGUCCCCUGAGGGAGCAGCAGGAGGCGCAGGACUGCAGCCGGCGUUUUCAGCCAAAGCAAACGCUGCAAGACUCUGAGCAGGAGGUCCGACCGGAGGAGAACGUCUCCCGGCCACGGCUUUCGCGGCAGCCUCUGACCUCACGUGACAGCUUUGACCGGGAGGAGCCAAUCUGGCCGCAGAAGCUUGAGGACCAGGAAGUCGUCCAUCCGGAGGCCCAAACGAUGAACCUUAGCCGGGAGCCAAGGGAGUGGGCCACAGAGCCUGACGGUCUCCAUGUAGGGCUCCUGCAGGAGGCUCUGAAGCGGGAGCGCGCCGCCGUCUCGCUGCUGCGUUCCAGCCUGGACCGGGAGAAGGAGGAGGUGGUACGUUUGAGCCUGGAGAAGCGCGGCUACAUGACCAUGGCGGACCAGCUCUCUGCUCAGAUUGUGGAGAUGGAAGAGGAGAUGGAAGCCCUGCAGGAGGACACCAAAGUCGGCCGGCGCGCCGAACACGUCGAAAGCUUUGAGUCCUUUGAGCGGGACAAGCAGAAGAUGAAGAAACAACUUUUGGAGAUGGAAAACCUGGUUGUUCUACUCCAGGACCUGGACCGAGACCACAAGGCUCCCCCAAGGACCCAUCUGGAGGAGGCACGCUCUGACAACGCCGCCCUGCAGGAGCGUCUUUGCGUCCUGCAGCAGGAAGUUGACAAGCUGGACGACGAGGUUGCCAACAAAAGGAGGAAGUUGGAGGAGAUGGAGCAGCAUCGUGAGAGCAGCAGACAGGAAGUGGAGAGGCUACAUCAGGAGAUGGCGACAUACCGACAGGAAGUGGUCAGUCUGAGCGGUAGAAACGCUGAGCUGAGCGCCGCCAACGCCGAGCUUAGCGCGCGCCUGCAAGAGCGGCAGGAAGGACACAAGGCCCGGGUGGUGCAACUGCAGGAAGAGGCGCAGCUUCAGCGGGAGCAGACGCUACGGCUGGAGGAGGAGCUUAGUGGCUGCAAGCGCAAGGUGAGCGAGAUGGAGGCGGAGCUUAGCGCGGCUGUGGCCGAGAGGCAGAGGAUGAAGGCGGAGCUCCGGAGAGAAGACGCCCUUGGCGGUGACAGGGCGGAACAUCUGCCCCGAGACGCGCCCUCGUCACGCCAGGACGACGAGAAGCUCGGCCACGCCCAGGAAGUGACCGAUCUGCGCAGGAAGCUGCAAGAUUCCCACAGGAAGGCGGAGGAGAUGGAGUCCAGCAACAGGAAGUUGAUGAAGGACAACCAGGAGAAAGACACGCACAAUCAGCAGCUAUUCAAGCAGGUCCAGCAGCUGCUCCAGGAUCAGCAGAAGCUGAGCAAGCAAGUGGCGCGCUCACACAUGGCCCGGACGCAGGCCGAGGGGCAGGCUGAUGUGGCGCUCGGUCUGGUGCAGCAGGAAGGGGCGGGGCUCAGGGAGAAGGCAGAGCAGCUGCAGGCUCAGCUGCAGGAGGAGCAGAGGAGGAGUCUGCGGCUGGAGGAGGAGCUACACCUCUGUGCUCGCCAGAGCUCCGCCCACAUCAGCCUCAAGGAGGAGCAGCACGAGAAGGCACUGGCGGCGGCACAGCAGAAGACGCAGGAGCUGGAAGUCAAGCUGAAGGCAUCUCGCGUUGUCCUGAAUGAGAAGGUCCAGCAGCUCCAACAGCAGAUGGCGAAGAACGUCAAGUCGAGCGUGAUGUUGAAGGAGCUCUACGUGGAGAACUCGCAGUUGAUGAAAACGCUGCAGCAGACUGAACGGCGUCACAAAAACGCCCAGCAGGACAAAAUGGUGCUGGAGGAGAAGGUCUGCGCCCUCAACCGGCUGCUCGAGGACAUCGUGCCGGCCGCGCUCAACGUGUAGACGCGGAUGGUGUUGCCUCCCCUUUGCUACUCUUUGGUGACCCAAUGAGCCCUUUUUUGCUGUUUCCACAUUGCAAAAAAGGUGAUUUAGUUGUCACGUUGACAAUCCUGUUACAAGAAAUUUGUUUUGGUGGUCAACACCAUGUAGGGCCUGCACCUGUAUCAGGUGGCUUCCCAACGCCAUCCCGGAUAUUCUUAUUCCUCAAUUUGAGUUUUGACAGAAUUCCACAUUUACUACCCUUUCAUUCCUAAUAAAACAUUGAACAACAACAA